UGGUGGUGGAGCGUGCUGGGUAGGGCCCAGUUUGUACCCCGGGUUGGGCUGCACUUUUGGCUCCGCCCUCUCUGUUCCCGCUACACAGACCUCUCUGUGGGCUUCCAAACGUCGCUUGUCGCCUCCCAGUUCCCCACAGCCCUACGUGCUGCUCUUUGGCCAGUCGGUCCUAAGCAGGGAUGGCCUUCCAAGAGAUGCUCGCGUUUUAAGAGAGCACCAGGGGCGAGGAGAGCAGUCAUUGCAAUUACCUGGGGAGCUUCCUGGCUCUAACAUGCACUUCCCAGGGUCCGUCUCAGAGCCACUGUGUUAACUUCUGGUGGAACAGCCCAAGAAUCUGCACGCUUUUAUAAGCGGCCCACAUGAGUCUUACGCACACUUUGAAGUUUGAGGACCGCUGAUGUAGCACUAAGAAAGGUGGCACAUCAGCCCAUCCUCUAUUCCUAUUUCCGAAGCUCCUGCUCAUGGAGAGUUCGAAUUGCUCUGGCCUUGAAAGGCAUUGACUAUGAAAUGAUGCCCAUCAACCUCGUAAAGGAUGGGGGCCAACAGUUCUCCAAGGAAUUCCAGGCACUGAAUCCCAUGAAGCAGGUGCCAGCCCUGAAGAUUGAUGGAAUCACCAUUGGCCAGUCACUGGCCAUCAUUGAGUACCUGGAGGAGACUCGUCCCACUCCGCGACUUCUGCCUCAGGACCCAAAGAAGAGAGCCAGCGUGCGAAUGAUUUCUGACCUCAUCGCUGGUGGCAUCCAGCCCCUGCAGAACCUGUCUGUCCUGAAGCAAGUGGGACAGGAGAACCAGCUGACCUGGGCCCAGAAUGCCAUCACUUCUGGCUUUAACGCUCUGGAGCGGAUCCUGCAGAGCACUGCUGGCCGGUACUGUGUAGGAGAUGAGGUGUCUAUGGCUGAUCUGUGUUUAGUGCCUCAAGUGGCAAAUGCUGAAAGGUUCAAGGUGGAUCUCACCCCCUACCCUACCAUCAGUCGCAUCAACAAGACGCUGCUGGCCUUGGAGGCCUUCCAAGUGUCUCACCCCUGCCGGCAGCCAGAUACACCCGCUGAGCUGAGGGCCUAGCUUCAAACCUCUGUGCUCAGCAUGGAAGCUCCAGAGAUCCUUGGAGUCUAUUAUAUUUCUGUGAGGCCUACUGUAUUAGAGUGCUCCAGAGAAACAGGACUAGUAGGACAUAUACCAGGGGUGGGAGAGAUUGAGUUAUUAUAUGGAAUUGCGAGGCAGGAACCAAAUCUGCAGGUGGCAGAUACAGGCCAGGACGGUGGUUCCUAGGGGCAGAGAAGCCGGGUGGGGAAAGAGACUGCAGGAAAAUGCAACUAACACCCACAAAGAGCAGGAACUUGAGGUUUUGAGGCACACACACCUGUGGAGCUGCAACUUUGUCAGUCCUGUAUAUCAAUCAUCUGGUAGCAUCCCACACCUCCUGUAAGCCCUCCCCCGGACCAGGCCAAUAACAGGAAACUGCCUGGGAGUCCUCAACAUCUUUCUCCACUCAUGGAGACUGACCCGUUCCUCUUUGGAACAUACUCUUGCUUUGUAUAGCUCCCUUCUUUUCUACAAUAAAAACUAUUUGUGUGGAA